GGGGGAUCCUUAACGAAAGUUGCUUAUGUGUCUGCAUUUUCCAGAAAAAGGCCAAAACCACAAACAUGUGCUACGCCAGAUAGCACUGAUGAAACGCAGAAGGUACUGUAAGUAGUAGGAAUACCAGAAAUGUUUAGGCGCGGUUAUACGGCUGUAACUUUUGUAGUGCGCCUCAGAUAUAAUGGUAUCUUGUGUACGUUUAUGUAUUAUGAUGGUAUCUUGUGUGAGUUUAUGUGUCCGAAUUCGGCGACGAAUUAGCAAUAAUCACUUAAUGUUCCCAGGAGCAAGGAAAAAUUGAAUUUAAUAUACAUUUACAAGUCUUAAUGUUGUAAUAAUGUUGGAGGUUCAAAAUAUGUUAAAAAAACACUUUUAGCGGUCCGAUCUUUAGAUGAAUAAUUCAUUCAUUUAUAGCUCACGGAUUGAAACGUAAGGACUGACGCUCUUUUAUCUUCGUGUAGUUAAUUUAACGCCAGUGGAGUUAUUUUGAACCCAAUGUUACUCCACAUUUGGAGUUAAAUUUGGUUCAAAAUAACUCGCGAAAGCAAAACGUUAUGCUGUAUGACCAUUAACCCCAUAGAGAUUAUAAAUAACACUAGAGAAGGCAUCGAGUUUAAAAAUUGGGAACGCAGCUAAUGGGGGGCAAAUUCAAGUCCCGGAUAUAAAAUCGUGCUCUCAUUGGCUGAUUUGAAACUCGUCACCAAUGAGAACACGAAUACACAUCCGGGACUUGAAUUUGCCCCCCAAUAGCUGCGUUCCCUUUUUUUUACUGAAUUAAGAUUACAAUGCCUCCUCUAGUGUUAUUUAUAAUCUCUAUGAUUAACCCCACGUGACGUAGCGCCUUGCUCACGCCAUCUCGCGCCGUUGUACGUGUUUAUAACGCGUUUACGCGUUGCGUGUCAAUUGGUGACGUCAUUAGAAAUGCCAAUUUUUGAAAAACAGUGCGCUAUAUCUCAUUAUUUCGUGCGGUGACCUGUGUUGAAAUUUCGCACACUGCAUAGUAUACUGCAAAAAUCUUUCAAUAUACCAAAAAUAAAAAAAAUUCUGUAUAAUGCCCAAAAAAGUUUUAUCGAGAAAAGCGACAUUUUUGCGUUUUUAAAAAAAUAGCAUUAAUACAGAAUUUUUUAUAUUUUGCUUAUGCAUGUUUAGUCUAUGUUGUAAGUAAAGUAUUCCCCCCCCCCCAAAAAAAAUGGGGUCACGGUGCUUCUUUUCCAACUACACAGAGCAAUAUGCUAUUUUGGAAUGAAUUUCGUAAGCGUGUGUUGCCAUAGUAACGCACUAUCGAUGUUUAAAACUGUCAAACUAUAUACCUAAAGUUUUGAAAACUGUAUCGAGCCACCUUAAAACUCCCUGAAAUUAACAGCAAUGGUCGAAAAUGGAAAUUUUUUCUUCUUUUCUAUAAACCUCCGAGUAUAGGCCCUGUGCUUAUAUUGGUUCGUAAAAAAAUUUUAUAAGACUAUACAUGCGGGGUUUAUAUGCGUGGGGCUUAUAUAUACGGACGACAUUUGAUGUUAGUAAUAAUAUUUAUUGUACCUGUAAACUAUACCGUGAACGAAAAAAAUAUAAAUGAAUAUAGAGUAUGCAACACAUAAUAAAACAAGUUGGUUGACUAUAGUAGUGUAAUGCAGUGUAAUGUAAUUAUCGCUACUCGGAAUCCCCGUCGCUGCGUUAAUAAAUACCUGUCCAAUAAUAAGCCCAUGGGCUUAUACACGGAUGGGCUUAUAGGGGGGGGGGGGGUUGUGUGUUAUAUUCGAAAUGGCGUGAGCGUUGGUCAAUAUGGUGGGCUAAAACAUGGGACUUAUAUUUGAGGUACUUAUGUCUUAUAUAUUCGGAGUUUUACGGUAUUGCCAGCCUGCAUGGAAAGUAUUCCAUGCAUGCCGAAAUAGUCCAUUACAAAUCAAACUUGCAAAACAAAACAAAUGCGUUAAAGCGUUAAUGCUGGGGCUAUAGUGAUACGCUUGUUAGAUGGUACUACAAUCAUAUGGCCAAUUGAAGAGUUAAUUGUGACCUGCCCUCUGUUGCAACAUUGCGGUGUCCGUACCAAGUUUGGUACCGCUACCAUAGCAGACGGUUUUUUGGGGAGAAGUUUGUUCCGAACUAAUGACCUUUAAUAUUAAGUUAACUGCCUAUAAAAAUUCCUUGGACGUUCUCUGAAUUUCCUUUUUGCGGGAAAAUUAAUUAAUCUCGGACUCUCAGGGCCAACUAUCUCUGGUUUUAUGCACCCAAGUGACCCAACAGGGACAAAUAGUCUGGGACCUGUAUAGAUGUUUGUAUGCGUUUCAUUUACCACAGGUAAUCUCAACUGUUUUAGGGUAAAAUGACCAUGGCGGUCAACAUGGCAUAUGUACCAAAACCUGAAUCCGGGGCGAAAGUCCUGAAAAUGACCCCGCCCUGAAACGGCCGUGCCGACAUAGCUCCAACUUCCGAAAACAAAAAGCAACAGCCUUUCUGAAGUGCUUAUAGUGUUCAGAAGGGUUGCUUUUAGGGGUGGUUAAUGGAAGGAAAAAUUUGUUUAAGUAUAAUAUUUUACAAGAAAAUGACCACACACCACCCCAGGUAAAUUGCUAAUUAUGCAUAAAAUAACUAAUAUGCCUGGCAGAAAUUAAAUGUUCUUAUUUCCUAAAAAAAAUUAUUAUCAUGGGAUGAAAAACUAUGCUUAAUUCAAUAUAAUUAUUGUGGAUUUCAUAAGGAUUGUCAUUGUUUUCUUUAAAUAUAAUACAUUUUAUUUCACUCACCCCCCACGAAAACACGAUUUCAGCCAUAUGUUGCCGUCUUGUUUGCUUUUUAUCGCCGAGUCACCCAGAUAUCAUCCAGUUAUUGUACUUUUACAUAAUGAUAAAUGGCUAAAGAAGAUUUCAGCCAAGUUUCAUGAAGUUUUGAAACAGUGCAGUGUAUUUUAUCUUCGAUAUUGUGUCCUUCGAUAUUUCGUCAAAUUGCCGCCAUUUUAAUGGCUCGCCGCUUCUCUGCCCGAUAAAUGCCACGUCUUCGUUUUCAUAUGUAUUUAGAUUACAGUAUCCAAGAGUACUUCAUUGUAGAAUAGUCCCAAUCGAAAAAUUGACAACAUUAGUUGCAUUUGGAAGGGAAAAACCUCCCGUAUACCAUUUAGGUUCAAAAUAAAAAACAAAUAAUUUGAAAGUCACGCGCAAUUUUCGCGAAAACUUCUCGUGGACAUAUGACUGGGGGGGUGGGAGGGGUGAAUAUUUUCGCGAAACGUUUGUUCGCCACCACAGCAACUUAACUAAAUGUAUUGUAUUUAUUGUAUUUUAUGAUAAAUAAUUAAUUGUUUUUAUCAUAAGUCAUAAAAAUACAAUAAAUACAAUAUAUUUAGUUAGGUUUCUGUGGUAGCGGACAAACGUUUCGUGAAAAUAUUCACGCCCCCCUGUCACGUGUCCACGAAUUAUUUUCGCGAAGAUUGCGCGUGACUUUCAAAUUAUUUGUUUUUAUUUUGAACCUAAAUGGUAUACGGGAGGUUUUUUCCUUCCAAGUGCAACUAAUGUUGUCAAUUUUUCGAUUGGGACUAUUCUACAAUGAAGUACUCUUGGAUACUGUAAUCUAAAUACAUAUGAAAACGAAGAAGUGGCAUUUAUCGGGCAGAGAAGCGGCGAGCCAUUAAAAUGGCGGCAAUUUGACGAAAUAUCGAAGGACACAAUAUCGAAGAUAAAAUACACUGCACUGUUUCAAAACUUCAUGAAACUUGGCUGAAAUCUUCUUUAGCCAUUUAUCAUUAUGUAAAAGUACAACAACUGGAUGAUAUUUGGGUGACUCGGCGAUAAAAAGCAAACAAGACAGCAAAAUAUGGCUGAAAUCGUGGGGGGUGAGUGAAAUAAAAUGUAUUAUAUUUAAAGAAAACAACUGACAAUCCUUAUGAGAACUACAAUAAUUAUAUUGAAUUAAGCAUAGUUUUUCAUCCCAUGAUAUUUUUUUUAGGAAAAAGAACAUUUAAUUUCUGCCAAGCAUAUUAGUCAUUUCAAGCAUAAUUAGCAAUUUACCUGGGGUGGUGUGUGGUCAUUUUCUUGUAAAAUAUUAUACUUAGACAAAUUUUUCCUUCCAUUAUCCACCCCUAAAAGCAACCCUUCUAAACACUAUAAGCACUUCAGAAAGGCUGUCGUUUUGCGUUUUCGGAAGUUAGAGCUAUGUCGAUACUGCCGUUUCAGGGCGGGGUCAUUUUCAGGACUUUCGCCCCGGAUUCAGGUUUUGGCACAUAUGCCAUGUUGACCGCCAUGGUCAUUUUACCCUAAAACAGUUGAUAUUACCUGUGCUAAAUGAAACGCAUACAAACAUCUAUACAGGUCCUAGACUAAAAAAUACAAUCGUUCGAAUCAGCGUAAGAAAUUGUACUUACGGAUGCCAAAUUCAUUAAUUUGAAAGUCAAGCGAAAUUGUUGACAGAUUAUUUAACUAAUUAAAAAUGCAGUAUGUUUGAUCCUUGAUAACUUUCGUAUCAUUCAGGGGCGCCGGAGCCGCGGGGGCAGCAGGGGCAGUGGCCCCCGCUGCCCUAACAGUGCGGGGGCAACUGGUUGCCCCUUUUUGUGACAACAAAAGGAUUAAGGCAAUAUAACUAAUAAGUUAUCGUUGACUUACCGUCAUAUGUAUAAGUAUAUAUUAUGACCACGUUCAUUUCAUGGUUCAUUUACGCAUUACGCAGGCUACGUUGAUCGUCUUGUUAGUUAUAUAAACCUUCUACAUUUUUCUAGUUUCUUGACACACCUAAAUGUCUGUAGUCGAUUAGCGCAGUCAUGCUCUGGCAGACUGGCACUACAAUAACGCAUUCGCGAUAUAAAGUCUUACCUUGUUCUAGAUGGUUUUAGAGCAUUCCAGGCAGGGACAUAGCCAGGACUAGCAAUAUAUCCGUCCACAAAUGUUCGACCAGGUCUGCCGUCUGCCCCCCCCCCCCCAAAAAAAAAAAUGUUUCUCUUGGAAUAAUUUUGAAAUCAGAUCUUUAAUUUUUAUCGUCUAAAAGCGUAAAUCUUAGCAGUCAAAAGAACACGUGUAAAACUACACUCAAAACUGAAGAGCACACAGCUUGGUUACCUCACUAAAAUACCGCCGAAGUUAUUCUUAAAAUCAGCCUAAAAUACUUAUAUAUAUUUCAAAUACAAAGGAAACUGUAGCUUGUUUGCUUGUGGAUGUAUGUGCAAGGAUGUGCAGUGACUGUUUACUGUGAUGUUAUAGCAAAAUUUAAGCUUGAUACGGUUGUACUAAUUACUACAGACAAAAUCUAGAGUUUUAACAUCAACUACCAGGUUCACAAGUACCCGUCCAAAGACGGUGGACCUGUCCAAAAGACGGGUGGACGGGCCUCUGGCUAAGUCCACGUUUCCAGCUUCUUGUGAUUUUCCACCCAAGAUACGCAACCUCAUGAAGUUCAGUUUCAGUUUAGUUUGAUUAACUUCCUUGCUUCUACUAUAAAUAAGAAGCACUGAACCGUGAUAGUUAGUUGACUCAGUUUUUUUCGUUGGGAUAUACAUCGGCAUACGCAAGCAAAGAAGCAAGGAUUACAGAUUAGAGUUUUCGGUUUCUUUAUAGUACAGUGUUACAAUUAGUUAUUAUCGACUUAUUUUUCCUUUAUCUUAUUAUAUAUCAAUUUAGUUUACUCUACAUUAUUGUGCGAGUAUAUUUGCAUGAACUUCAUUUGCGUUAGCUUGCUAUUGUAACAAUAUUUUGCGCUCUUUCUGUUUUGCCUUGCACAAUGUUCGUGACCUACAUGUUAUAAUCUACUCAAUUUAUUCAUAAUCAAUUAAAAAUCUAUUAAAAACCUGAGCUAUUGUACAAUGUAUAGAAAUAUUUGGCUGCAAACUGUGAGACUUCAUCAGCUACCAAAAUAUUCCACCCAUAUACUUAAAAUUUUCACUGUUUUUUAUUUUAAUAUAAAAUUUCCCUGUUUUUUAUUUUAAUAUAAAAUUUCCUAAAUAUAAAAUUUCCCGGGGAGGAUGCCACUGGACACCUUACGAGGUCUCGCGCCUUCGGCGCUCGAGUGCCCUUCUCAAGAUUCUGCCCCCACCGCUUUUCGUAUACCAAUGGAUUCAUCUCACUUUUCUCUUCAUUUUGAUAGUAUUUUGAUCCGACAAUAAUUUAUCUUGAAGGUUUUAAAGCGAGGUUUUAACCAUAUUAACCAAGCGUACGGAUGUAGCGUACUAUAAAAUAUAUUAACCUUUACUUGUAGCACUGCUUGUAGGCGGAUCGAAUCGCCGGAAAGUUUUAUUCGUAAAACACCGCAUUUAGUACUGUGUCUGGUCUUUACUCUGUUCUUAUAAAAGCAUAGUUAGCACUACUAGUAACUGUCUUAUACGAGUUUAUAUUUCAUACAAAUGUUCCUGUACAUCGCUGUCUUUGACUUUGUAUUUCUGUCUUUGUCGGGCUAUAAGAUGUCAUUUUGACCGCUUAACAGGAUUUAUUUGGCAUUAAUACAUCUCCAAAUUCAUUAUUCUUGUCGCCGAAUCCUCAAUGCAGUAAAAAAACAGUUCCAAAAGAACGUAAACAUAUUCAUACUGGUUAAAAUAAACAGCAGCUUUGGCUUUUUUGGUAAAAUUCUUGAAUUUUCUCAAAACUCAGAGUUAUUUAUGGAUAAUUUGGGUAAAAAUUGGCAGGAGCCUAAUGCAUAAUUUGGGUAAAAAUUGGCAGCUCAUUAAUCUAUUUUGUGGCUAUCGAAGAAAAAUGGAGAAAAAUGCGAGCCGAAACCUAUACUCGCCUGGGCACAGGGUACCCCAGCGAGUAAAAAACUAUCUUGGAUUCCUUUAAAAUAAGAUAAAAUCAAACUUGCAAAACAAAACAAAAUGCAAGUUAUAAAUUAAAGUGUAAAUAUCAAAUAUUUAUCAACAUCAUCAUCAUCAUCAUCAAUUAAAAAUCUGCUAGAUUUUAGCGGAUCAUUUCCUCCACAAGAGGUAAGAGCUUAGGAACGAGGUUGGCCCUAGUGGUCAUGCCUAUAAUCCUAAGGUCCAUGACUACAGUUCUAAUUGCGUGUAUAUAUACUGUAGACCUAUUAAUCCAUGACUUUAUAGUCUUAAUAUUGAAUUUAAUUGUUUAGUUACGUGCAUCGUCAUUUCCAUUGUACGAAGUCAAGGAAGAAGAAGACUCUGGAGAGAGAUUACAUUUUGUGAAAUUUGAAACAAAGUUUAUUGAGACAUGUCUUGAUUUUAUUCAACAAAACUUGUCAAGUGAACCUGGAUCCACAGACAAGAACAGGGCAUUGAAAGUGACAGGUUAUUAUAUUUAAAAAAUAUUUUACUAGUGUUGUCAUGAACUUUCUACUGCAUGCAAUCAAUUCAAUUGUGCCAAAAGGCAUUUUGCUUGAUGAUAUUUGUAAUAAUAAAGUUACCUUUUUUAUGUUGUUCCAACCUUACAUUUUAUACUACAAUGAACGAUAAAAUGCAGUCCCAUACCUAUCGUAAGGCAUUAAUGGACCUAUUACCUAAUGAACAAAAUUUUGAUCUAGACAAGUCUAGACAAAAGCUUGAAAGAGCAUCACAAAAUUAGUAAUAUUCCGAAGUUUCGGUGCGAAAUGUUGUAAAAUGCAGAUAACAUAGCCAUGCGAAGUUUGCCGUUUUUCAGUCAUUUUAUAUUACGUGCGGGAAAUUGAUACCUUUUUUCAGAAAGCGGUUAUCGCAAAAUAUUGCGAUUUGUCAGUGGCUCGCAGAUCAAUUAUUUGCCGAUGCCGAGGCAGAGGCAAAUAAUUGAUCUUCUCGCCACUGACAAAUCACGAUAUUUUGCUCAACCUCGUUCAAUAGCAGCCUAGACCUAGGCCUUCUAGUCUUAUUUAUAUUUUUUUAAUACUCAGCGCUUUUUCACAUGAAAAGACUAGGACUAGAAUGUUCAAAAGAUAGUAAUUAAAAAAAACUGCGAACUCUAGACGAUGCAACUAUAUGAACGAAGUCGAAGGGUCUAUAGAGUAUAGUCGCUUUGGGGGCGGGGCGGAGGAAGUCAGGCUUGUGUCCUUCCUCCGCCCCGCCCCCAAAUCACCUAGUCCCAGUCUUUUCAUGUGAAAAAGCGCUGAAUAUUAAAAAUAUAUAAAUAAAAAUAGAAGGCCUAGGUCUAGGCUGGUUCAAUAGUUGUAUAAUAUCAUGCUCAUCCACAUCUAAUAAUUGUUUGUUAUUUAUAGGAGGUGGCGCAUUUAAGUAUAAGGACGAAAUCACGAAGAAGCUUGGUGUCAGGUACAAUUCGAGACGUUCCUUUAUAAAUCGAGAUAAAUAUAACAUAGAAAUUUAUGUUCCAAUGAUAUUUUCAGUAAAACAUGGAAGUUCUGACUCUAGGAUUGAUAUGCUAAAUUAGCAAAAAUUACAAAUUCGUUACAGGUGUUAACUAAAUCUAAGAAUAAUAAGAAUGAUGCCACACGCUUGUAGGGGCGGUGCUACAGUGUCCCUAUUUGAAUUGGGGGGUGCAAGUGAAAUUUUGCCAAGUCGUUUCCACUACUGCUUAUUAAGAAAAAAUUUCCGACUUAAUAUUUCUAUUCCCAAAAUUAUUGGCGCGGG